CCGGGUAAAGCGACACCUCCGCCCCCCAACGGAGGCGCGACACGUCGGCCUGCUGCCCCGCGGCGGGUUUCCCCCUCCGCUUCACUCCAUCCCGACCGCCCGGAGGACGGACAGCCUCCGCCGGCCGCCGACAUGCGCUCCGUGGCGGGGCUCGCUGCCAUCGUGGCGGCCGCGACCGUCUACCUCUACCUGCUGUCCACGCACCUCCCGCCGCCGCCGGGGCGCCUCGUGCCGGGGUCAGAGCGCCUUUCCCCGGGGCCGCCGGAGGACCUUCCCCCCGGGUCAGAGCGCCUUUCCCCGGGGCCACCGGAGAGCCUCCCGCCGGGGUCAGAGCGCCUCCAGCCGGGGGGGCAGGACGCGGAGCCCCGGCAGUUCAGGCUGAAGUUCCCGUCGGAUCUGGACGAACUGCGGGAGCUGGCAGAGACGCUCAAGUUUUACAAGCAGGAACAUUACGGCUACGUUCUGCUGCUGUACUGCAGCGCCUACCUGUACAAGCAGUCCUUCGCCAUACCUGGAUCCUCCUUACUGAACAUGCUGGCCGGGGCCAUCUUCGGGCCCUGGGAGGGCCUCUUCCUGGCCUGCCUGCUGACCACGUCGGGCUCCACCUUCUGCUUCCUGCUGUCCAGAGCCUUUGGAAAACAGUACGUGGUUCACUUCUUCCCGGAGAAGGUGGCGCUGCUGCAGAGGAAGGCGGAGGAGAACCGCAGCAGUUUGUUUUUCUUCCUCCUUUUCCUCCGAUUCUUCCCAAUGACUCCUAACUGGUUCCUAAACAUCACCUGUCCUGUCCUCAACAUCCCCAUGCCCAUUUUCUUCUCCUCCGUCUUCAUCGGGUUGAUCCCCUAUAACUUCAUCUGCGUCCGGACGGGCUCCAUCCUGUCGGAGAUCUCCUCCCUGGACGACAUCUUCUCGUGGGGCACGCUGGCCCAGCUGCUGGCCAUCGCCCUUGUGGCCCUGCUGCCCGGCGCGCUCAUCAAGCGCUACGGCCACGCCCACCUGAAGGUGGACGGCCUGGACGGCGACGGCCGGGACCAGGCGGGGCGCCACCGGAAGAGGCGGUGA